CAUAUGAUGAGAACUAAUUGAGUUGAAUCCUGAGCCAUGAAGUUAUUCAAAAUAUUAUUCCAGACCAGAACGCAUAAAUAUAGAAAAACCAAAGCAUUGUUUGGUUUCCUGUACGGUCUCCUUUUAGGAUUGGGCUUUUACGGUCUCAUCCUCACCGACUUAAAUUUUCUACCCUGGAGUGCAAUUAUUUGUGGGAUUUUGAUCAGUCUGAUGCUAGCCUUUGGAAUUGCAUUGUCAUCUCAGAUUCGUUGCAUUGCCUUCAUAUCGCUUCCUGUAUUCGCUGGAGAAAGUGGAAAAGGUGUACAAUAUGCUUUGAUACUCUUCAUGGUGAUUGCGGGUCCUUUGGAGAACUUAGCAACCAACGGUAAAGAGGUAGUAAGAGUUUUUGCAUGUUCCGCAUCAUUAACCUUCAAUUUGACGAAGACCAGAUUUGAAUUAAUGUUUAAACCAUUCACACAAGCCUUAUUCGGGAUGAAAACAGAAGUGAAUGAAGUAAAAGACACGUUGAGAACUAUCAAAGAUUUAUCUGCUCCUAUAACCGGAGAAAUCGAAGACGAAAAAGAAAUGAAGAAGCUCCGAGAAGAAAAUGACUACUUGGAUAAUUUACAAGGAGAUACGAAGAGAAGUGCAGAAAUAGAUGAUAAAUAUCUUACUAAAGGGGAGCAAAUUGAAGCAGCCAGAUAUGAAGAAAAAUAUCUCGAGAAGGUGGAAUUGAGAUGCAACAAACAGUUCUCGACUGCUGCUCUUAGGUGCAGAAAUAUGUUUCAAUCAACUUACGAUAAGUGUUAUGACGCUGUAACAUGGGCGGCUGCCUGGCUCCUCUGCUGGCCAAUGAAACUGGAUUUUGUUUGCAAUAUUGCACAGGCAUUGGGAGGAACCAAUCGCUGUGACCCAACCAGCGAAAUAGACCCUGGUCUGGGUGAAGGCUAUGAAUAUUUAAAAAAGUCCAGAGUAUCUCUCACGAAAAAUUUUAAGAACGUCAAAUUGCAAUACAAAUUAUCAAAAGUACGUCACCUCAUUAAUCUUCAAGAUACUGCCGAUACUGCGAAAGCUAUCGAACAUGAUGUAAAUGAAAAAAAGAAAAUGUUAGAUAUGAUAUUCAUCUCUCUUAAAAGAAUGUUGGCUUUUGUUCUUCUUUAUAUCAUUGUGAAAAGCCAGAAUUACCACGACCAAUUUUUGCGCAACAUUGAAUACGAUAACGUUUACAUAACGAAAUAUUUUAGAAAAAUCGACGCUAGAAGAAAAGGUUUAGGUAAGACUGUUUUGUUCCCUUUAAAAAAGUUUGAGAAAACGAAGCUCGUUGAUUUGUGGAGUAGAAGAUACUUGAAGAGCGAGAGGAAGCAUCUGCUCAUGCAAGGUUUCAUUUUGAUUCUAGAAAUAAUUUUUAUUUCAACAUUUAUCCUGAUUGAUCGUCUAUUUUAUGAAGCCUUAGACUUAGUCAGAAGACACGCCAAAAUUCAAUACACACAAGUUGGCCAUCAUGACCUGCUCCUUGAGAUCAAAGGAACUGGUAUGAUAGCUUCUUUAUUAAGGUCAAUUGUAAAGGGCUUCAACGUGAAAAAAAGAAUCAAAAUGACAAGAAGCAACGAAAUUUGUCUUCCACAUCCUACACCGAUGCCUAACAUAUAUUUCUUAGAAAUAUAUGGAAUGUUCUUCCUGAUUGCCGUGAUGAUGUUCAUCGAAGUGUACACCAAUAGGCUCAAGUCUGUCAUAUGUGGAUAUAUUUAUAGGAAACGUCAAAAGCGUAGGAUACUUUAUCUUUACAAUGAGACUACCAGAAGAAGGAUCGGAUUUCUUCGAUACAUGAAAACUCAGAUCAUUAAAAAAGUACGGGAGAGGAGAUUGAAUGAAUCCAUUAAUGUUUGCAUCGUUGCUAGAAUUCGCUACCCGAAAUGUUGUGGAUUCUUGAAGAUUUUCGGAAUAGCCAGAAGAAAUUGUAUAAUUUGCGAAGAACCCGAGGCAGUUUUCGAUUCACUAGGAAAGUUUUACAUCUGUAAAAAUUUUGAUUGUCAUCUUUUGUAUUGUGCAGAAUGUUGGUUGGAUAUUGGCGAAGAGUGUUUAGCAUGUAGCACAAUAGAAGCUGAGAGUAGCAAUCCUGAAGAUGAGUCUGGCUAUGAAGAUUGAAGAACUCAUUCUUAUAGUUUUCGGUAAUGUACUUGCAUUGGGUAUAUGUACUCAAUAAUGACACUAGUCUAGUAUAGAUAUUACGAUUUCAAAAAAUAAUUGGUAAUGACUUU